AUGGCGAUUUCGGAUACAGGCCGCCCGUUCAGGCAAGGGAAACUUGGCCUUGGCUUGUCAGCGCUAACAUGGCUGCUAUGCGAUUCGCUCAAUCUUAAAAGGUCGGAGAGCUUCUCGAUACUUAGUGGUCACCAAGGUUGGAGAUCUCGAGAAUUGUCUAUUCCAAAUACAAUGGUCCGAAGAUCACUAAAACCGAAAUGGCUGUCCUCCGUGCAUAGUGCGUAUGGAGCUUUACCAAUAGCUAACGACAUGCAAAUCAAGUCCACCCAUAGUGGCCACUGGGCGGCUUGUUUCCCAGCCUCUUGCAACAAAACGCCUUGCAACCUGAAGACGGUGUUUGGUCCCCCCUUCCCUUUCCGGACGGCGGCAGAUAAUCAAGCACCGAAGUUUGGUUUUUGA